AUGCUCCGCCUCCAAAAACACCUCUCCCUUCGUCUGCAAGAACAUCUCCUUCCUCUCCAUCGCUCCGCCUCCCUCAUACAGCUCUCCCUCCAGCGCGAUCUCUUCUCCACCGCCGCCGCGACCUACUCUCCGGGCCACUUCGCCGCCGAUGACUACCUCGUCUCCACCUGCGGCCUCACCCGGGAGCAAGCCGCGAACGCCGCUAAGUGUAUCUCCCACUGGAAAUCGUCCUCCAACGCCGAUGCCGUGCUGUCCUUCCUCACCGGCCCGGCGCUCGGCCUCUCCAAGGCCGAGAUCCAGCUGCUCGUGGCCAAAGACCCGCGCAUCCUCAGCUGCAGCGUCGACAACACCCUGCGGUUCCGCGUGGACCGCUUCCGCAGCUACGGCUUCUCCGCCGCGCAGAUCAGCAACUUCGUCCGCGUGGCCCCCUGCUCCUUCCGCAACUUCAACAUCGACGAGAAGCUCGGCUUCUGGAUGCCCUUCCUCGGCUCGCCCGACAGGUUCCUCCGCAUCGUCAGGCACAAUUUCUACCUCGUCACCUCCGACCUCGACAAGGUGGUGAAGACCAACAUCCGGCUGCUCCAGGAGUGCGGUCUAUCUGUCCAGGAGAUUGGCAACCUGUGCGUGGCCAACCCGAGGCUGCUCACCGGCAACCCGGACAGAACCAGGGCCAUCCUCGUGCGUGCCGAUGAGAUGGGCGUGCCCCGCAACACGCUUUUGUUCAGGCAGGCUGUGACCGCCGUGUCGGGCGUCGGCCCGGAGACCAUGGCCUCUAAGCUCAAGAUGAUGGCCAAGAUUCUCGGGUGCUCAGACGCUGAGGUUGCCAGAAUGGUGCAAAGGAACCCGUUGGUGCUGAGGCGCUCCAGGGAGAGGAUUCAGCGCACCUGUGAGUUCCUGACCAAUGUGGUCGGCGUCGAUACCAAGUACAUUCAGGGCAGGCCAACAAUCCUGAUGUACAGUCUGGAACGCCGGCUGGUGCCCCGGCAUUACGUGAUGAAGGUGCUCCGGGACAAAGGAUUGAUCCGGAAAGAUCAGAGCUUCUACACGAUGGUCACGGUUAGUGAUAACGUGUUCUGCUCCAGGUAUGUACAUCCUCAUAAGGGUGUUCUUCCUAGCCUUGCCGAUGCAUAUGCAUCUGCUUGCAAUGGUAAAAUAGCCAUCUGA